AUUACCCAUUUCUCGAAAUUCACGAUUGCAGCACAACUCGAGUUUUCUUCAGUAUACAAUCAAAAUGGCCCGUACUAAGCAAACAGCUCGCAAAUCCACUGGUGGAAAGGCUCCAAGGAAGCAGCUAGCCACCAAGGCUGCAAGAAAGUCAGCUCCGGCGACUGGAGGAGUGAAGAAGCCUCACCGUUUCAGGCCAGGAACUGUGGCUCUGAGGGAAAUCAGGAAGUACCAGAAGUCUACCGAGUUGUUGAUCAGGAAGCUGCCAUUUCAGAGGCUGGUGAGGGAAAUAGCUCAGGAUUUCAAGACAGAUCUGAGGUUCCAGAGCAGUGCUGUGGCUGCUCUACAAGAGGCUGCUGAGGCUUACCUCGUUGGGCUAUUCGAAGAUACCAAUCUCUGUGCAAUCCACGCAAAGAGGGUUACCAUCAUGCCUAAGGAUAUUCAGCUUGCUCGGAGGAUUCGUGGAGAAAGAGCUUAGGAAGAAGGUUUAUAUGGUUAAAAUCAAUUAGGGUUUAACCGUUCAAUGUUUCUCCUUAGAUCUGUUGUUGGAAUUUAAGGGUUAAUGGUGUAAAUCCUAAUAGCUGAUUUCAGUUGUAUGUGUAAACUGUUGGUUUACUAGUUUCUGGAACUGAUUAAUGAAAAAAUGUACUUUUUGUUCAAA